AACCAUUCGAUAGGAAAAUAGACGCUUAUCUUAAAGAUCUUGAAAUCAUUGAUAUGGGACGAGGAAAGAGACAACAAAAAGCAUCUCAGCUUCUUGACAGAUAUCGUAAGGCAAGUAAAAACUUUCCGCUACAAUGGUGGCGUGACAAUCGUAGGCCUGAUCGGUCUUUUGUCAUUCAAGGCUGUUCGCUGAGCCACAAACCAGUGUUAGAGCACAAGCCAGAUCGUAAUAUCGCGAAAUCCUGGGAAAAGGAACGUACACGCAAACAAGUUCACCUACACCAGCGAAUAAGAACUGUAAAUGGAGUUAACGGAACAGUUAACGGGGGAAAAGUGGAAGCCAACAGCAAUCCGCUUCUCAGAAGAACACCGAGAAAAAUAAACAGAAUAAAUUAUGCCGAAAAUUCAAAAAGAGUGAAUAAUACCAGCAAGCGAACCCAUGAAGAGGUUUAUGAUGAUGAAUAUGAUGAAAUUGAUGACUACGACGAAAGUGACGACGAGAAUGAAGACGAGGAUGUCAACAAAGAUGACGACUAUGACGACGAGAAUGAAGGCGAGGAUGUCGACGAAGAUGUCGAUAAAGAUAUUGAUGAAGAUGAUGACGAAGAUAUCGACGAAGAUGUCGAUGAAGAUGACAACAAAGACAAGAAGGCCAAGGAAAAAAUGAAGUUGGAGAAAAAGUUGAUUGAUAAUUUUGUUUCGAGAUUUAAGGCAAUAAAUGCGGAUAACAAAUGGAAACUUCCUUCGGGUAGAUUUGUAGAAGAUGUCUUAUAUGAUUGGGCAGUGGCUCACCAUUCUGAAACACUUGCACAUUCUUUUAUAUUAGACACUGAUUGUCAAGAAGUUAUGGAUCUGUUUAGUCCUGAGGAAAAGGAGACAAUUUUAAAUACUAGUAAAAAGUCUUUUCCGGCCGUACAAGAUGAUAUUAAAAAAUAUGUCAUGAAAUAUUACAAGAAAAAUGUCAGCGAUCUUCGACAAAUCGUCAUGGAACCAUAUUUGAAAAACAUGGAGACCUAUAAUCCAAAGUUACAUUAUGAUCUGGAGUGGAUUCACUUAGUAUUCAAUAAAUUUGUUAUUGAAUGGGAACAAGGCGUGAAUGCGUUAGCGGAUGAUAAUUUGGAAGCAUGGAUUGUGAGUCAUGUAUGGACUUUUAUUGUCGAUAUGGCAUUAAAGGACAUUGAAGAAACAAAAAUUGGAAAUUCAAGAGAAAUACUAGCUGGUGAGGUCACUAGAACAGGAGAUAUUCACGAUAGAAAAUAUUUAGGAGAUAGAAUGAAACUAUUAAAACUUAUGAAAGAUAUGUUCGAUUUAAUAAUUGAAUCACUUCCACCAACCACAAUCGAAAAUUACGAGAGUCUUUGUACAUUUGGAAUACAACUUUUCAAAAACAAAGGCGCUAUUUACAUUAUGGAUCGCCCCGGAGGAGUUAUUGCGCGAUUAACUAAAAAAGCACAAUUAGAAGCUCCUAUAUAUAUUGAAGGCAUUUGCGAAUUAAUUUUGUCUAUAGUUACAAUGUUGGAAUUGAAGAAUGCAAUUCGAGAGAUCAUCCAUAUAAUUGAGAAAAUAGAAAGCGACGAAUUAGAGGCCCAAGUCUUUCAAAGAAAUAAUACAGGUCCUCGAUUACCACUUGCAGGAACCUCACUUGUAAACAAUUAG